AUGGGUUGGAAAGCUGCUGAGAAACUCAUCAGACACUGGAAGAUACUUCGAGGGGAUAAUGUAAUGAUAAUUCGCGGGAAAGACAAGGGUGAGACUGGAACCAUCAAGCGUGUCAUUCGAUCCCAGAAUCGUGUCAUUGUCGAAGGGAAGAAUCUGAUCAAGAAGCAUAUAAAGGGAGGCCCUGAUCAUGAAGGAGGAAUAUUCACGGUGGAGGCUCCUCUUCACGCCUCUAAUGUCCAAGUUGUUGAUCCAGUCACUGGGAGGCCUUGUAAGGUUGGUGUAAAGUAUCUAGAGGACGGAACAAAAGUAAGAGUAGCCAGAGGCACAGGCACAUCUGGUUCGAUAAUUCCUCGCCCAGAGAUUCUAAAGAUUAGGACAACACCAAGACCCACUACCGCUGGUCCUAAAGACACACCAAUGGAUCUUGUUUGGGAGCAGACAUAUGAUGCUAAAACAGGGAAGGGCAUGCCUGAUCUUUGA